GAAAAUAUAGCUCGGAGUGAACACAUGGGCUACAACUCGAACAUGUCAGGCGAUAUAAUGCAUUCUUACCAAGUAUUAUAUGAUGAACACCAAGAAGUAAUGAAGGAACUUCUAGACUGUAGGGAUUGUCUAGAAAAGGAGAUAUCUGAAAAGCAAUCCCUCAUGAAGUUUUACCAGAACCUAAAACAUCAGCUUCAAUCCAAAGUUGAUGAAAAUGACACUGACAAGAAGAAGAUCAGAGAGCUUGAAAUCAGUUACCGAGAACUUGAGGAGCAAGCCAAAGCGGAAAUACGAACUGUUAAGGCUAAAAGUGAACACCUCAGGAGAGAAAUGGAGGAUAAAGAAGACCGAAUUACCAGACAAGUUGAUCCAGAGGUCCAAAGAGUCAAAAUUAAGAAAGAAGUCCAAGCCACCUUUCACUCUGAGCUUAACUCAAAGCAGUAUCAGAUCGAUAAACUUUCUGAAAAUCUCCAUGAAAGUAAGCGAAGUCAAGAGACCUUAAAACUUACAUUUGACUGGUACAAAGAAGAAAAAGAAAAAGAACUUACUUCAAUUAAAGAGAAGCAUAAAGCUGAUAUGAAUGAGAUGAUCAUGGAAAUGCAGAAUCUCCAACACCGUCUAGAUGACUCAAAUGAAAAGGACCUUAUUCGUGAAAUAAAACGAGAGGCUGAUGAUUAUAAAAGAAAAUACCAAGAAAUUCAGAACCUCCUCACUGAGGUCAAGAAGGAGCGGGAUGACCUUCGCUCUGAAAAAUCAGACCAAAGUCUUAAAAUCCUUAAAGACUAUGAAAAAGAGAAAUUCUCCAUAAAAGACCUUCAAUCUGAGAUUGAAAGAAUGAAGUUCAAGAUAAGUUCGUCCGAAGAUGAGCUUCAAAAAGAAGUCAGCUCUGGGGAAGAGAAGAGCAGAGAAAUCCAGUCCCUUAAAAUUGACAUAAGCUCUCAAGAGUCUAUCAUUAAAGAAAAGGAAAGAAUGAUUGCUACUCUUACCAGACAACUCAAUGACUCAAAGGACGACCUGAAGACCAAAGAAAGAGAAUUCAGGAUUACCCUUGAGAAGAUGUCUGAUGAUGAAAAGCACAGAAGCAAAGAUGAUAAAUUCCAGAUUGAAACCCUCAAAGACACUAUCAAAGAUCUGGAACAAAAACUCUACAAGCUAGAUGUCAAGACCAAGAAGGAGAUUGAAAGACUCGAGCAGGACAAUGACAAGAAUAUCAAGGAAUCCAGUAUCCUCAAUUCUGAAAAUAAAACCUUGAAAAACAAAGUCAAUAGCUUAGCUUUAGAGCUAGAGAUUCAUAAAAAGACCAAUAUUACCAAUGAGAAAGCAAUAGCUGAGUGAAAAUAAUGAAAACAGAGAAUACAGAGCUACAGAGAAAGAAAACGCUUACAAAUUAGAAGAACUUGAAAGAAAGCUCAGAAUAGCAACAGAGAGUAAUAAAGAUGAAGUGGGAGACCUAAGAGAACGAAACACUGUUUUAAAAGCUGAAAAUGCUACCCUCAAGAAAAACCUUAAAGAUCUCUCAAAUAUCCAUCAAAGGAAGAAGGAUAGCUUGCAGGCUCAGAUCAGGGAGCUAAAGACCAAGUCAAAUGAUUACAAAAAUAAGGUCAAAAUAGCUAAUGAGAAGAUCAAUACUCUGGGCACCAAAAUAGCCCACUUGGAGCUGGAAUACAGGAAUGUUCAGAACGAAGAGUAUUAAUUUCAAUUAUAGUAGAA